AUGUAUGGAACUCUCAGCAAGCUUAAAUGCCCGGGCGUCUCUGAUUUCCCCUCGGCGUCGGUUUGGAGGAAGCUGAUACCUGCGAAGAUUUCCUUUUUCAUUUGGACGGUGGCUCACGGAAAGAUAUUGAUGGUGGACAUGCUGCAGAAACAUGGUUGGAGUCUUGCCAAUCGGUGCGAAUUAUGCUACAGAGAUGCUGAAACAGCUGAUCACCUUUUCACUUCUUGUAGCUUCACUCAACAGGUGUGGAGCUUGAUCAUGAGAAGCUGCAACAAGAUUAUUUUCAGGUUUAGUGGGAAUAUCGGUUCCAUCAUCAAGGAUUGGCAGAGAGAUGUUCCUGACUGUUUGGAUGGAUGGUUCUAUUAUUGCGCGCUUAAUGCCGUCUCUUGGUUCAUAUAG